GGCACAUUCGUGGGGACAAGGGGGGCAUGAUUUCUGAAGUUACUCUUGUUGAGCUCAAGAUGGCAACUACCUCCAAGCAGGUGGCCGCCGUCGUGACGCCCGAGCCGGAUCUGCCGCGCCGGAUGCGCGGCGCGCUGAUCAGGAGCAUGCUGGAUCGAGGCUAUGUGCGCAUCCACACCCACAAGCACAAGCAGUUUAUGGGCGCCAAGCGACUGGUGUUCAAGCUCAGGAAGACAACCGAGUGCGACAACUUUGAACAGGUGGCGAAGAUGCGCGCUAUCACCGCCACUCAUGCCCCGUUUGCUGCGGUCGGCCUCACUCCGGUCUCCUCAUUGCUGCUUCACAACCACACCUACCAGUUUGUCUUCCACCCAAGCCUGGCGACAACAGCACGCAGCGAGCUUCCCAUGAUUGGCACGCUGGAGCGAUUGGCGCGGCGUGCCGAGGCCAAGGAGCGCGCGCGCGAUGCCGCGUCAUCCUCGUCGGGCGACGGUGACUACUCGGCUGCCGGCGUCGACUCGGACGGCUCGAUGUACUCGGCAAGCGACGAGUCGUACGAGGACGAAGUGUUUUGCAGUGAUAGCGGCGACGACGGCGACGACGGCGACGACGAUGAUGACGAUGACGACGAGUUUGACGAUGGCAAGUGCGAGUCUGAUCGGAGGUGGAAGGCCCGCCUGCACGAGAUGAUGCUCGCACUUGCUGACGAGCUCUCCGACAAUGACGAGGAGAACGACGAUGACGUCGAUGCCAACAGCAAGAGCGCCAAGGUGAAGCGGAGCAGCAAACGCUCUGCGUCAAAGGCAGCGAAUAAGAAGAAGAAGCAGCAGCAGCAGCUGAUGAAGCGAAAGUAAACGUAGUUGAUCUUGA